AUGGAUUCUCAGAGGGAACCUAGAUCUCAUCAGUCUUUGAAUAGGCAAGGCUCUCUCUAUAGCUUAACACUCGACGAGGUCCAAACCCACUUGGGGAGUUCUGGUAAAGCGCUUGGAAGUAUGAAUCUUGACGAGCUUCUCAAGAGUGUUUGUUCUGUUGAAGGUAAUCAGCCAUCUUCCUUGGCAGCUCAUGAAGGUCUCUCUCGUCAGGGGAGUUUGACUUUUCCGCGGGAUCUAAGCAAAAAGACAGUUGAAGAGGUCUGGAAAGACAUUCAGCAGGACAAGAAUGGAGGUGGUAGUGGUCAUGAGAGGAGAGAUAAGCAGCCUACCUUGGGGGAAAUGACCCUUGAGGACUUGUUGUUGAAAGCAGGAGUGGUUACUGAGACAGUUCCUGGGAAUGGUAGUGCUGGUAUGGAGCAAAACAUAGCUCAGGUUGCCCCAUGGGUUCAGUAUCAUCAGCUUCCGUCAAUGCCACAGCCUCAAUCAUUCAUGCCGUAUCCGGUUGCAGACAUGCAAACAAUGGUGUCUCAGUCUUCUUUGAUGGGUGGUUUAUCAGAUACGCAAACUCCAGGGAGGAAGAGGGUAGCUUCAGGGGAAGUUGUGGAGAAGACUGUAGAGAGGAAACAGAAGAGGAUGAUUAAGAACAGAGAGUCUGCAGCUCGUUCUCGAGCUAGGAAACAGGCUUACACUCAUGAGCUAGAAAUCAAAGUUUCACGGUUAGAAGAAGAAAACGAAAGACUCAGGAGGCAAAAGGAGGUAGAGAAGAUCCUCCCAAGUGCACCACCACCACUUGAUCCCAAGAGGCAGCUGCGGAGGACUAGCUCAGCUCCUUUCUGA